AAAUCCGAAGUGUUGAUGUGAGUUAAAAUUACUGGUGUUAAAAAUUUCGAGUUGAAAAGUGUUGGUUUGAGAGUUACAGUAACACUAACGGUGCUGAAAAAGCUCUGUAGCCGGAGUUAUUUCAAAGAGUCAAUACUAUAACACUCAUUUGGAGUUGAUUUCCACAUCCGGGUUUUUCGCGCUCAUGGGCAUGAGGAGUCCGCCAGAAGUUUGCUGUCAAGAUCGAGGAGGUUGUUCAGGUGCUGUUGUAAGACAUGUUGCUGAAAGUGAAAUACCUCAAUGUAAAGAAGUACAUUAAAUUGCACGCAGGAUUCACUUAUCUAGAAUUCAUCAGUGAAGCCAAAACCAAGUUUGGACUUCCGGAUGCUGCUGACCUUGAUAUUUUCGAUGAAACUGACACAGCUGUCGAAGAAGACAUUUUUCUGGAGUUACUGGAGGCCCAACCAGACCUAUGCCUGACAAUACGUGAAAAGAUUUCAGAUGAAGAUUUUUGUCCUUUAGCUCAUUCCACACCAUCCUCCUCGGAUACAUUAUCUUCCCUCACGGACACUAUAUCACUUUCAUCAAGUGACAGUGACCUCAGGGAAAAGGGCAUUCCUGCAGGCCGCAGUAGAUCCAGCAAAGACAGUUCUGCACCAAAUGUUUCUGUGUCAGAGGCUGCAAAAGAGGUAAUUGAGAACAGAAAAUGUCUUUUGUAUUUUUGAGUUGACACCAUUUAUACUGUAGAUUGUUAUACAAAUUGAAAUUCAAAACAUGGUGGUUCCCAACUUGCCCUGUAUGAAAAAAUGUUAGUAGAAGUUAGUGCUUCUUGCUAGAUAUGUCUUUCACAGGUUUGUUGACAUUCCUCUAAACUUUCACCUUUACUGACAAACAAGUUUUUAUUGUUAUUAUUUUCCCUUUUAUAU